GCCUGAGAAGCCCUCAGUGUGCCUCUGGCCUUUGCCACAAACAUGAGGUUCAAAUUCCCUCUAAUGGCCAUUGGCCUGGAGGUUGCCAUGAUUGUUUUAUUUGGAGUAUUUGUUCAGUAUGAAAAUGUUCAGAACAGUGGUCAGCCAUCCAACACCUCCUCGCCAGCAGUCAUGAACUCAUUCUUUCGGCUGUAUCCUUUGUUCCAACAUGUGAAUGUUAUGAUAUUCGUUGGGUUUGGCUUCCUCAUGACUUUCCUGAAGAAAUAUGGCUUCAGCAGUGUGGGCUUCAACUUUUUUAUUGCUGCUCUGGGCCUCCAAUGGGGUACAAUAAUACAGGGGCUCCUAAACGACCAUGGAGAGAAAUUUCACAUUAGCAUUCACAGCCUGAUAAGUGCAGACUUCAGCACAACUACAGUUUUGGUUUCUUUUGGAGCUGUCCUGGGAAAAAUAAGUCCAAUCCAAGUGCUGAUCAUGACGAUUUUAGAAAUUGCCGUCUUUAAUGGCAAUGAAUAUCUUUUUGCUGAGAUAUUCCAGGCCACUGAUAUCGGGGGGUCAAUGGUCAUCCAUGCCUUUGGAGCCUACUUUGGCUUGGCUGUAGCAGGCAUCUUAUAUCGCUCUAACCAGAUAUGGGAGCAUCACAACAAACAAUCUGAUAUCCACUCGGACUUGUUUGCAAUGAUUGGGACUCUUUUCCUAUGGAUAUUUUGGCCCAGCUUUAAUUCUACCCUUGCUGUUCCUGAAGAAAAGCAGAACAGGGCCAUCAUAAACACCUACUUCUCUCUCGCUGCCUGUGUGCUCACAUCCUAUGCCUUCUCCAGUCUUGUUGAGCGUCGAGGCAAGCUCAGUAUGGCUCACAUUCAGAAUGCAACCCUUGCUGGAGGAGUAGCUGUGGGCACUUGUGCAGACAUGGAGAUUAACCCGUAUGGUUCCAUGAUCAUUGGUAGUAUUGCAGGAAUCGUCUCUGUGAUUGGGUUUAAGUUUCUGACUCCAUUUUUUGCUACUACACUGAGGAUUCAAGACACAUGUGGGGUCCAUAACCUGCAUGGCUUACCUGGCAUAGUAGGAGGCCUCGCAAGCAUUGUGGUGAUAGCCAUGGGAGCAUCUGACGUGUCUACCACGGCCAUGCAGGCAGCUACACUGGUUACUUCCAUAGGAACAGCAGUUGCUGGAGGGCUGAUUACAGGUUUAAUUCUAAAGUUACCCAUCUGGGAACAGCCACCUGAUGAGGACUGCUACGAUGACUGUGUUUAUUGGGAGGUCCCUACUGUGGAUGACUCAUUGUCAUUGAGUCGAUUCCAACCCAUGUAACAUGACAGUCACUUCCAUGAACAUAGCAAGCACGACCAGCUGGAACUUGAAGACUAAAUGCUAUUCAUAUGCACCAGCUUCCUGUUCUAUCAUCUAGAAUCAAGGCAGCACUCAAAUGUGAACCAAAGUGGAUAGACCGUGGGUCCCAAGGCCCGUGUGAAAAUGACUUUACUUCCGGUGAUAUUUCUUGAUACUCAAUGAUUGUUUAGUUGAAGUUUGUGACUCAAAAUACAGAUGGUCAGAUGCCUUCUAUUGAGGACUCCCAGAAUGUCCUUGCCAGUGAAUAGGGGUAAUACAGGGUGGACAUUCCUGUGUAUAUUUUUGCAUUCUUCCCAACAGAGGUGGUUACAUAGAAAUCAGCAAUUCCUAACUGUAUCAGUUUCUUAACGUAGACGCUAGGUCUUCAGUCCCAAAGAUUAUAAAACUAAAGCCAAUGAAAUCACACUUGAUGUUAAAAAUCUGAUAAGAAAAAUGAAUGAAAUAUUCUUAUAAGUAAAGUAGCAAUUAGUUAUUUUUGGUAGCUGUGUUUUGAUUUUUAAAAUGGUCUAGUUAGUAAUGUUAUGUCUUUGCUUGAACAUUCUUGUGCUGAAUUCCUUUUGCAAGUUUAAUAUUUGCAACAAGAGCUCAAAUGCUGUCUGAUUGAAUUCUAUUUUGUAUAAAAUUUCAAUUGAUUAAAUAUUACAGUAAAAUAA